AUGGGGGCCCCCAGCCCUGCUGCUGCCCAUCUUGUCUUAACUGCUGCGCUGCUGGGGUUUUGUCUUCUGCUGUGGCUGGCGCUGCCGCAGCUGUGGCUGGGGGCCCUCCAGCUAUCCUUUGGGGGCCCCCCUUCCCACCGGGGGGCCCCCCCGGACCCGGGGCCCCUGGGGCCCCCGGGGCCCCCGGGGCCCCCGGGGGCCCCCGAGGACCUGGGGGCCCCUGGGGGCCCCCAUGAGGACUUGGGGCCCAGUCUUUUGUCUCAGAUUGAGGACUUGUUGGAUAUGUCUUUGGCGGACCGCAUCAAAGCAGCAGCAGCAGGUCAAGGGUACUUGGGGGCCCCCGGGGGCCCCGGGGGCCCCUUUUCUUUGCUGCCCCCCGACUUCACCUUCUGGGGCGCGGGGCUGCAGCACUUGGGGCCCCUGGGGGCCCUGGGGCCCCUGGGGCCCCUGGGGCCCCUGGGGGCCCCCCUCCAGGGGGCCCCCCUGGGGCCGCUGCAGGCGCUGCUGCAGCAGCAGCAACCUCCAGAGGAGGGGCCCCCCGAGGGGGGCCCCCCCGGGGAAGGUUCUGAGGAGGCCCUGGACGACAGCACCUACGGGGAAGACCUUUUCUGGGGCCCGGGGGGGGCCCCCUUGGGGUCCCCCGGGGGGCCCCCCGAGGGGCCCCCCGGGGGGGCCCCCGAGGAGGGGGGGGCCCCCCUGCUGGCAGCUGGGGCUGAAGAAAGACGCCUAGCUGAUGAGAAGUACCCUCGGCUUGGGUCUCCCCCAAGGGGGGCCCCCCGGGGCCUGGGCCUGGGGGGGGCCCCCAGCCCAGUACCCUACAACGGGGAGGGCCUCAUGGGGCCCCAGCUGCAGCAGCACCUGCAGGGGCCCUCAGCCCAGCAGCAGCAGCAGCAGCAGGCGGAGCAGCAGCAGGACGAACUGCAAAGUGUGUACGGCCCGGCGCUGCCAAACGCAGGGGGGGCCCCCCAGGGGGCCCCCCCGAGCCCAGUCCGGGGCCCCUCCCAGGCCGGGGCUGCCGCUUCCCAGGGCCAGGUGCUCCCCCAGGGGGCCCCCCAGGGGCCCCACCAGGGGGGCCCCCAGGGGCCGUUUCAGGGGGGCCCCCAGGGGGGCCCCCAGGGGCCCCUGCCGUACGGGCCGCGGGGCCCCAGGGCCCCCCACGAGUUCUACGCAGAGAGCAAAAGGGCCCCCCAGGUGAGGGGCCUGCGGUGGUCGCCGGACCCGCGGGUGCUGCAGCCGGAGCUGCUGAAGGAGUUGGUGAGGGAAACGGUGCCCCCGGAGCUUUCCAAAGAAAGGGCGCUCUGGAGGGACGCAUACGGCUUCAACAAAGAAGUAGUUGUGACAAGUGCCGCCAGGCGGGGCGGGCGAAUGCGAAUAAUGUUUUUGGACGUUUUGGGCGCAGGGGGCAUAGGCGUGGUUUUGUCGGCAGUGGACCUCUCCAGCAAGCGGCGGAUAGCAGUCAAAGUCUGCAGGCUGCGCAGCCGCAGCAGAAGGGGCCCCCAGUAUGACCAAGAUGUGCUGAAGCGGAGAGUGCAGCAGGAGAUUUCCCUGUGGAAAUAUGUGCCCCCAGCCCUCGACGUGCAGCAGUGGUCUCAAAUAUCCCAAGUGGUGAUGCCUUUGGACUUGAUAGAGCCCAUAGAAAAGAUAAUCCACACAGACACAGAAAGCAGCAUUUACUCCCAGGAGUGGGUUGUCUUCGACGUAUUCCCCGGGGACCUUUUGAGCAUCAGCGAAGUUUGGAAAGGCCGAAUGCCUGUGCGCAUAGAAGUCGCCAAGCAAGUCAUGUACGCCACGAUGAGUUUGCAUGCAAUGGGCCUCGUGCACUCCGACAUAAAAGCCCCAAACUUUUUCGUCCACCACGACGGCAGAAUUUACUUGGGAGACAACGGGCUCUGCACGCCGGCGAACCAGAACACGGAGUGUCUGAACGGGACGCGGCGGUACUUGCCGCCGGAAAACAUGCGUUGUCAACUUUACGAAAAAAGAAAAAUUUUAACUUCCGAAAGAAAAGACUCUUGGGCCUUGGGAGUUUUGCUGUUCCACCUUUUCUGCAAGGCCCUCCCCUUCGACGUCUGGCCCGGAGACCUCGCAGCGGCCAUAGGGAAUGUAACAAGAGACGAUUUGGACUUCACCGGCUGCCACCCGGACACCCCAAUCCUCAUUUUGGGUUUGAUUCGCCUGCUGCUCACGCCAGCAGUCACCCUCCGCCCCACACUGCGCGACCUUUACCUCCAGUACCCUCUUUUUGGCCUCAGCAGCGAAGCAAUAGCCAAGGGCCCCAAGUUAAGAGAUGUGCGCGAGGCUGCGCUCCUUGCCCAGCCCUCUUUGGCCUCUUUUCUCCCACAAACCCACCCCUGA